AUGACAGCCAUCAUAAUUUUCACCAACAGCUAGCAAAUUUUGCAUUGUCUUUCACUCCAACUUUAGGGUCUCCUCUCAAACAAAAGACAACCAACAAAAAGCAACUGCACAGCAACCAUUCAUGGCUACCUCUCUCUUCUCUCUCCUCCUCCUCUCUUUCCUCUUCUUCCUCCUCCUCCACCCUGUCCCCUCCACAGCUAACAUUCACAAGGCCAACAACCUCCUCAAAUCAAAUCUCCUUGCUGAACCCUCCUCCACUCUUGCUCCCAAACCCCUCAAUGACACACCACUAACUGUUUACUUUGAAGUAACUAAACCCAUCAAUGUCCCCAAGGUUAAACCUUGUGCAUACACCGUUCUCCAACAUGAUUUUGGCUAUACCUAUGGCAAACCUCCCGUUCUUGCAAACUAUACCCGUCCCUCGCAUUGCCCAUCUGAUCACUUCUCCAAGAUUGUCCUUGAAUGGAAUGCAACUUGUAAGGGAAGGCAAUUUGAUCGCAUUUUUGGGGUUUGGUUAGGUGGUGUAGAACUUCUCAGAAGCUGCACAGCGGAGCCAAGAGCAACCGGAAUUUUUUGGUCCGUGCAGAAGGACAUAACAAGGUACCAUUCGUUGCUUGUUAAGAGUGAGACCCAAGAACUCGCUGUUUAUCUUGGUAAUCUUGUUGAUUCUACAUAUACUGGGGUUUACCAUGUGAAUUUAACUUUUUAUUUUUAUCCUGCUGAAGAGAAAUUGACCAAUAAUGAGGAUGGGUUAAAUAAUAUGAAAGCUGCGCACAGUUCUAACGCUGAUUUGAUCUUACCCAUUUCUAGAAAUCUGCCACUGAAUGAUGGGUUGUGGUUUGAAAUUGAGAAUUCAACUGAUACCGAGUUGAAGGAAUUUGAGAUUCCUCAAAAUGUGUACAGGGCUUUAUUGGAGGUUUAUGUUUCUUUUCAUGGGAAUGAUGAAUUCUGGUAUUCAAAUUAUCCUAAUGAGUAUAUUAUUGCGAAUAAUAUUACUGGUAGCCCUGGAAAUGGUCCUUUUAGGGAGGUUGUGGUUAGUCUUGAUGCAGCGGUUGUUGGUGCAGUUUGGCCUUUUACUGUUAUUUAUACAGGUGGGAUCAAUCCUCUCCUGUGGAGACCCAUUACUGGCAUUGGUUCAUUCAAUCUCCCGUCUUAUGAUAUUGAAAUUACUCCAUUCUUAGGGACUAUAUUGGAUGGAAAGACCCAUGAGUUUGGUUUCAGUGUCACCAAUGCUUUGAAUGUUUGGUACAUUGAUGCAAAUUUGCAUCUUUGGUUGGACCAUAAGAGCACAAAAACUGAAGGGAAGGUCUUGACACAUGAGAGUAAGCCUCUUGUUUUUUCUUUGGUGUCCAAUUUCAAGGAUUUGAAUGGAACAUUCUUGUCAACAGCACGGAGGUCUAUAUCCUCAAAUGGAUGGGUAAAGUCCUCCUUUGGGAAGAUAACUACUGGUUUUAAUCAACACUUCAGUUACAGCAACUCAAUGGAGAUGGGUGAGGAUGGGAAUUUGCAGAUUGUGAAUCAGACAAUUAGUUUUAAUGACAGUGUUUCUAUCAGAAAACUUACCUCUUCUGUUCAUUCAUUUAGGUCAGUAAAAGACUUCAGUUUGGACAUGUACUCUAACUUUUUUGAUCAAGGAAAUGGCACUUCCUUUUAUGUAACAAACCUCACACUGGGAUUCAAUGAGAAGAAAUCAAAAGAUGCUGAUUUUGGAUUUGGGACCAGCUCUCUUAAAAAUCUACAGAGUGCGCAAGGUGUGAUGGUUGUAAAGAACAACUUGGUGGUCAGUGGAGUGGGAAGUACACAGCAGGCCUACAAAUAUGAUGCUAGUGGUGAUAAUUUUUGCUUCUUCAGGGAUAUAAGCAGCUCAAACUACACCAUUAUUGCUGACAAAGUGAUAAACAAAUGUAAUAAAAAGAAACAGUCUCACAUCGGUUUUGGGUUUAGUAGUUGGUGGCCAUUUCCCACUCGAAGGGCUUCUCUAGCAUCUGAGUUUGUGGAUAACAAUGGAGUUUAACGAUUUGGCUCCAUUCUUUCUUAAUUACUUCAUGCAGGAAUUCGUCUCUUUAGAUGCUUCGGAGGUUUCUGAUUGAUGGGUAAUCUGCAAACCAAAUAAAAUUGCAAGUAUGUAGUAGUCUUUGUAGGCAACUUUGUGUAUAUACUUGUAUCUUUUCUCUCAAUAAUCUGCUUCUAAAUGGACGGGAUUUAUAUUUAAUGUGGAUGGGGCAGAAAGUUCAUUGUUUUAGCA